CAGUGUUAUAUUGCAAGUCGAGGGGAAGGGUUGUGUGCAAAUCCGCUCCGAUGCGAAUCUAUUUGACCUGUGUCCGUGACCUUGCAUGGUGUCCGUGGCGAUAAAUAGGUGUGUUCUAGUGACCUUAAGGUGCGGAGAGGCGCGAAAGGCGUUAUGGAUACGGAAUUAAGGAAAUACUGGCAAGAAAACACCAGACACAUAGGAGGAGUGUGUGUGCUUGGAGGACCUGAGCCACCUCCACCCCACCCCUGGGGCUUCCUGCCCCAGGAGGAGGAGGAGGAGGAGGAGGAGGAGGAGGAGACGCGGGUGCCCCCCGGGGGACGUGACAGCGGUGACGACGAGCCCCCCGUCCUGCACCCCCUGGCCCCCAAGCCCCACCCCACCUACCACCAGCCACACCAGUCCCCACAGCAGCCUCCGUCACCCGCCCCACACCAGGAGCACCUGCCCCAGGACUGCCUGCCCCGCCCCCACAAGACACCGCCCCCAGCCUCCCCUGUCCAGAAGGAGCGCGCCCCUCACAGUUCCAGUACCCUUAUGAUGCAGCCAAGGGGACUGACGCCACCACCACCACCACCACCACCACCACCACAACAACAACAAGGGUUAUUCAAGUGGGGAACAUGCUUCAGGUGUUGCCCCAAGAUGCCUCAGCCCCGCAGCCCCACUCCGCCAUGAUAGUGCAGGCAGGGAAUGUCAUACAGAUUGUUCCAGCUGACAACAUGCAGGUGUUAGGGGCAGAAGUUGUUGGAGUUGGUGGGAUCAUGCAAGUGGUCGGGGUCCCAGGCUCUCCCAAACCAGCUCCCCAUCUGUGCCUAUGCAGUGUCUGGCCAGCCACUAGUGUGUUUUGGGGACUCAGACCAGCAGAUUCCCACUGUUUAUCCACUGUUUGUGUUGAUGCAGUGUCUGGCCAGCCACUAGUGUGUUUUGGGGACUCAGACCAGCAGAUUCCCACUGUUUAUCCACUGUUUGUGUUGAUGCAGUGUCUGGCCAGCCACUUGUGUGUUUUGGGGACUCAGACCAGCAGAUUCCCACUGUUUAUCCAUUGUUUGUGUUGAUGCAGUGUCUGGCCAGCCACUUGUGUGUUUUGGGGACUCAGACCAGCAGAUUCCCACUGUUUAUCCACUGUUUGUGUUGAUGCAGUGUCUGGCCAGCCACUUGUGUGUAUGUAGGGGACUCAGACCAGCAGAUUCCCACUGUUUAUCCACUGUUUGUGUUGAUGCAGUGUCUGGCCAGCCACUAGUGUGUUUUGGGGACUCAGACCAGCAGAUUCCCACUGUUUAUCCACUGUUUUUGUUGAUGCAGUGUCUGGCCAGCCACUAGUGUGUUUUGGGGACUCAGACCAGCAGAUUCCCACUGUUUAUCCACUGUUUGUGUUGAUGCAGUGUUUGGCCAGCCACUUGUGUGUAUGUAGGGGACUCAGACCAGCAGAUUCCCACUGUUUAUCCACUGUUUGUGUUGAUGCAGUGUCUGGCCAGCCACUAGUGUGUUUUGGGGACUCAGACCAGCAGAUUCCCACUGUUUAUCCACUGUUUGUGUUGAUGCAGUGUUUGGCCAGCCACUUGUGUGUAUGUAGGGGACUGAGACAAAUUUAUUUACUGUUCAGUGACCCGUUUGCAGGCACAGGGGUGUUGACGAGCUGGGUGUGCAGGAGACAGACAAUUAGAAAGGUUUACAGUUCAAAUGCUACAUGUAUCUUCAAAAUACAGAUAAUAAGUAGAUAAAUAUUGAAAUUAAUAUAAAAUACCAUUGUGUAUUUAACACUUAACCAAACUUAACCAACGUACACACACAAACGCUAACUCCGACAGUACCCUAACUACCUUGCCAUCCCGCAGGAGGCCACGUCGGAGGUGCCUGUGGUGGGCUCGCCAGUUCCGGAGUACGAGGUGGAGGAGGAAGAGGAAGAGGAGGACGAGGAGGAGGCACGGAUGAGGAAGAAGAAAAGAUCAUUAGCUGUAGCUCUCCCUCCAGCUGAUAAGGGGAUAUUAAUGAGCCCUUCCUACAGGAGUGUGUGUGCUUGGAGGACCUGAGCCACCUCCACCCCACCCCACCCUGACACACACACACACACACACACACACACACACACACACACACACACACACACACACACACACACACACACACACACACACACACACACACACACACACACACACACACACACACACACACACACACCAGACACCCCUAAACACCCCAAAACACACCCACUCCCCCUUGCUUACACUUACACAGAUGUUCCCCACCCCCUCUGCCGAGAGAUCCCAGACUGUUGGAUGUGACGCCACAAGACACAGGGCUUCGUAACACCAGUGCACGGUGAUCAAGACAACACUGGACCAGAAAGACGCAAAGUACAGGGAACAACACAGUGCUUCUUCAUUUUAGGUGAGCCAGAAUGAGCUUGUUAAACUGAGCGGCCUCUUCAAGUACCACUGGAACUGUUCGUCAGAGGAGGAGGAGGAGGUAAGGGAGUGCGCCAAGACCCUUUACAGCGGUGCAAUGGAGUGGAGGGAGAUGAGGAGAAAUUUGAAAGAGAACAGAAGUAGAAUGACAUCAGAUAGCAGGAGUCCUUAGGAUUUAGCACAAUAAGAUCAAUAAUUCUCUUACAUGAGUGACCUAAAGUAAGGCAGUUUAGUCUGGCCUAACUUAACUGACCUACCUAUUUCUGUUAUGAGCUAAGAUAGGCUAUGUUAGGUUAUAUUAAAUUAUAUAAUUAUUAUUUUUUUCAUCAUUAUUAUUAAAGAAAGGAAAUAGAACCGAGAAAAUAAAGUUAAAAAUUAUUGUUA